GUGUCAUCCGCCAUCUUGUGCGAAGCAAGGUGGCCUCCACGUUUCCUGAACGUCUUCUCCGCUUCUGCCUCGACCGCCCCUUGAUCACAGAUAUGUCUCGGGACCGGUUCCGAAGCCGGGGCGGUGGCGGUGGCGGCUUCCACCGACGCGGAGGGGGAGGCGGCCGCGGCGGCCUCCACGACUUCCGCUCCCCGCCACCCGGCAUGGGCCUCAAUCAGAACCGCGGACCCAUGGGGCCCGGCCCGGGCCAGGGUGGCCCCAAGCCUCCGAUCCCGCCACCGCCUCCGCACCAGCAACAGCAGCAGCCGCCGCCGCAGCAGCCGCCACCGCAGCAGCCGCCGCCGCUUCAGCCACCGCCGCACCAGCCGCCACCGCACCAGCCGCCGCAUCAGCAGCCGCCGCCGCCGCCACAGGACUCAUCAAAACCUGCCGUUCCUCAGGGACCCGGCCCGGCUCCCGGAGUAGGCAGCGCUCCCCCGGCCGCCGGCGCGGCGCCGCCCGCCACACCCCCGACCUCGGGGGCCCCCACGGGGCCAGGCCCCACCCCGACCCCGCCGCCCGCUGUCACCUCGGCGCCCCCCGGAGCGCCCCCACCCGCGCCGCCGAGUAGCGGGGUCCCCACCACCCCCCCACAGGCUGGGGGCCCGCCGCCUCCACCCGCAGGGGGCCCGGGCCCCGGGCCUAAGCCGGGCCUAGGACCCGGCGGCCCCAAAGGCGGCAAAAUGCCAGGCGGUCCGAAGCCCGGCGGCGGCCCCGGCAUGAGCACUCCUGGCGGCCACCCCAAGCCGCCGCACCGAGGCGGCGGGGAGCCCCGCGGAGGCCGGCAACACCACCCGCCCUACCACCAGCAGCACCACCAAGGGCCGCCGCCCGGCGGGCCCGGCGGCCGCAGUGAGGAGAAGAUCUCAGACUCGGAGGGAUUUAAAGCCAACUUGUCUCUCUUGAGGAGGCCUGGAGAGAAAACUUACACGCAGCGUUGUCGGUUGUUUGUUGGUAAUCUACCUGCCGAUAUCACGGAGGAUGAAUUCAAAAGGUUAUUUGCUAAAUAUGGAGAACCAGGAGAAGUUUUUAUCAACAAAGGCAAAGGAUUCGGGUUUAUUAAGCUUGAAUCUAGAGCAUUAGCUGAAAUUGCUAAAGCUGAACUCGAUGAUACACCUAUGAGAGGUAGACAGCUUCGGGUUCGAUUUGCCACACAUGCUGCUGCCCUUUCUGUUCGAAACCUUUCACCUUAUGUUUCCAAUGAACUGUUGGAAGAAGCCUUUAGCCAGUUUGGUCCUAUUGAAAGGGCAGUUGUAAUUGUGGACGAUCGUGGAAGAUCUACAGGGAAAGGCAUUGUUGAAUUUGCUUCUAAACCAGCAGCAAGAAAAGCAUUUGAAAGAUGCAGUGAAGGUGUUUUCUUACUGACUACAACACCUCGUCCAGUCAUUGUGGAACCACUUGAACAGUUAGAUGAUGAAGAUGGUCUUCCUGAAAAACUUGCACAGAAGAAUCCUAUGUAUCAGAAGGAGAGAGAAACCCCUCCUCGUUUUGCCCAGCAUGGCACAUUUGAGUAUGAGUAUUCCCAGCGGUGGAAGUCCCUGGAUGAAAUGGAAAAACAGCAGCGGGAACAAGUUGAAAAAAACAUGAAAGAUGCAAAAGACAAAUUGGAAAGUGAAAUGGAAGAUGCCUAUCAUGAACAUCAGGCAAAUCUUUUGCGUCAAGAUCUAAUGAGACGCCAGGAAGAAUUAAGACGCAUGGAAGAACUUCACAAUCAAGAAAUGCAGAAACGUAAAGAAAUGCAAUUGAGGCAAGAGGAGGAACGACGUAGGAGGGAAGAAGAGAUGAUGAUUCGUCAACGUGAGAUGGAAGAACAAAUGAGACGCCAAAGAGAGGAAAGUUAUAGCCGGAUGGGCUACAUGGAUCCAAGAGAGAGAGACAUGAGAAUGGGUGGUGGAGGAGCAAUGAACAUGGGAGAUCCCUAUGGUUCAGGAGGCCAGAAAUUUCCACCUCUAGGUGGUGGUGGUGGCAUAGGUUAUGAAGCUAAUCCUGGAGUUCCACCGGCAACAAUGAGUGGUUCCAUGAUGGGAAGCGACAUGCGUACUGAGCGCUUUGGGCAGGGAGGUGCGGGACCUGUGGGUGGACAGGGUCCUAGAGGAAUGGGGCCUGGAACUCCAGCAGGAUAUGGUAGAGGGAGGGAAGAGUAUGAAGGCCCAAACAAAAAACCCCGAUUUUAGAUGUGAUAUCUAGGCUUUCAUUCCAGUUUGUUUUUGUCUUUUCUUGUUUAGAUACCAAUCUUUUAAAUUCUUGCAUUUUAGUAAGAAAGCUACCUUUUUAUGGAUGUUAGCAGUUUAUUGACCUAAUAUUUGUAAAUGGUCUGUUUGGGCAGGUAAAAUUAUGUAAUGCAGUGUUUGAAACAGGGGAAUUUUUUUUUCCUUUUUUUUCCUUUUUUUUUUAAACUGUAUAAUGUCCCUCAAGUUAUGGCAGUGUACCUUGUGCCACUGAAUUUCCAAAGUGUACCAGUUUUUUUUUUACUGUGCUUCAAAUAAAUAGAAAAAUAGAUAAGAUAUUGAUCUUCAACUUUGCCAUUCAUGCUUCUAUGCACAUUAGGCUAGGUAUUCCACUUGGAAAGCAUAAGAGUGUCUAGGCCUUUGAAUGGCAUAUGCCAUUUCUGGGAAAUGUAUUUGUAGGCUAAGUAUUGCUUUCUACAUUUUAAGUACCCCCUUGUUUUAAAAAGAAGAAAUGCAUAUUGAAGUAGUUUCAUGAUUCGAUUUGUUUGGCAUUAUAGGAAGCAAGCCGGUGCUAAGUAUUUUUAAAUGGGUAUGUAAGCAAAGCUGAACUGUAAAUCUUCAUUCAGGAAUGUGUAUUAAGAUUAUGGAAUGGGUGUAAGACUUGGUAGGGGGAGAAAGUGGGUAUGACUUAGAUGGAUCUUUUAUGGCCAUAUUAUCUAUCCUUUCCUGGAAAGUUUCUGAAGAAAAAGUGGAAAGAUCAUUUUGUUGCAUUCCUCCAUUCUUGUUUUUUAAAGAACGAGUCCCAAGCCCUAUAAAUGGCUUGUAUUGAACUUUCACAUUUGAAUUAAAGAUUGUUAAACAUGAA